GAUCGAUGAAAUUGUGGAUCUUCAGCGACUGAGAUGGCCUGGACAUGUACCUCACAUGCCGAACCAUCGCCUACCCCCACGGGCUAUGCUACGGCAAGUUGUAUCAGGUUGGAAGAGGGUUCAUCUUGGCUAGACCAAGAUAUGGUACCAGUUGAUGAAGUCUCUUACUGUUGGUGUGAGUCGUAUGGGGGAGAUGUAGACUACCUGGUUGGAAAUCCCCGAGAAGAUUGGAAUUAUUGGUUGAGGACUGUUGGUGACAUGCCUGGAAAUCGGUCGCAAAAACUGUUAUCUUCAAAUUGUUUAUUCUCUCACCUUUACAGGUUUAUCUACUUUAAUAUAAAUGUUUUCCUACCCACUUGUUUUUUGUUUGCUACUGUGAAAUAUGACAACUUGAGCCGAUGCACCGUUGUACGUGGUUCUACAUUGACUUUGCUAGUCAGUCAGUAUUGGGGUUAACAUGAGCAUCUACUCAUUUCACAAUCAGUAAGUAUGAUACACAAAUAGAUUACUCAGCAGGGUUUUCUGAGUCUUUUU